UUUUCGAUUUACGUUAAUGUACUUUUGACUGCGUUUUAAAUCUUGUCAAAUAUUUAUUCUCAUUAAGCAAGAGUAUAUUUCAAAAAUAUAUUUGGGGAGGAAACAACCUAUUUGAGGUCAGCGCAUAAAAAUGGAAUUGUAAUUAGCUCAAUAUUCUAAUAAUACAUUACAGUAAUGCAUUUUUUUAAAUAAAGAAAUAAAACUAAUCAAGCGGAACUCCGUGCCCGAUUUUCUAGUUUCAACACGACGGUGGAACGCUACUGUUUCCUCCCACCCCCAAAGCAAAAAAAAAAAAAAGAUGUCUUCCGACGUUUUAAUGUUAAAGCAUUAUUUUGAAUGUAGCUCAGUUAACAUAUUGCACGCUUUGAAUGAAAAUAUUGAAAUAAUGCAUGGCUAUUAGAUCUAAGAUAGUGAGACGUCAUGUCGAAAGGUUUCAGUUUUCUCCGGUUGUCUUAUAUAAAAUCACUUAAAUUGAAAGUUCAAGGCAAGUGUUUCUCUGUUGAGUGUGUGAGUAGUGAAUCUAUUCGGCGAUUCAUUUCAGAGAACACAGAAAUUGUCAGGGAUAAAAACCUGACACCAGAGAUCAAACUCAGACUUUUCACCCCAAACUGUAGAUUUUGGUUUGAAAGACCAGAACUUUGGCCCUUUGAUGACCCAUACUGGGCCAUAUACUGGCCCGGAGGCCAAGCACUUUCAAGGUAUCUUCUGGAUAAUCCCGGAAUAUGUUUUGGAAAAUCCGUCUUGGAUCUGGGAAGUGGCUGUGGAGCUUCGGCCAUCGCUGCAAAACUGUGUGGUGCCAAUCGAGUAGUUGCUAACGACAUUGACUCCGUUGCCAUGCUCGCAACCUGCAUGAACUCUGAGCUCAACGGUUUGGAGUCCCCAGUUUGCGUGACAGAUAACCUGAUUGGUUCAGAUCCUGGCAAGUUUGACCUGAUCCUUCUUGGCGACAUGUUCUAUGACGAGGCCCUCUCCUGCAACCUUCACACUUGGUUGGAACACUGCAUCAAAACCCACAACAGUCAAGUUUUGAUUGGAGAUCCUGGCAGAGCUCAGUUUGAGGAGCAUGGCAUUCAAAGGGUCCUGCAGAAGUUGGCCCAGUUCAAGCUGCCUAAGCCUGUACGAGAGGAGAACUAUGGGCUGACCUGCAGCAGUGUUUGGUACUAUGAUCAGGAACAAAAUUUUAAAUAAAGGUACAUCAAAAGAUUA